AUGGAGGUGAGCAACUCGGCGGGAGUCGACAGCACCUUCAAGGUUCGGCUCCACCCCACCAAGGAGCUAAAGUCCCCGACGGAUCUGAUGUUCCCAGCCAACAGAGUGGCGUACAUCCGGUCUGUCUUCCUCUCGCGCGAGGAUCUUGAGGGCACGAUGGAGGACAAGCAUUCCGUCGCGUUCUCCACGCACAAGUCCUUGUUCGGCUUGAACUCCUCGCACAAGGAGUUCAAGCCGAGCGUUGGCGCCCGCGUGGGCGGCGUGCUGCCUGUAGAAAGACGUCUGGCUCUCCUGAAGAACAGGCCCGCUUUUUAG